GCACUCCCUUUCUGGGGGAAAGCAGUCAUGCGGAUGGACCCAGGAGUUGCCAUCUGCGGGGCUGCAAGAAGAAGAAACUUCUAAGAAAGAUGCACGAAGAGGAGGAUGGCAGCGGGGAGAGCUCCUGCACAACUUCACGGCUGCUGUCCUUCAAGUCUCUAGAUGUGGCCGAGGUGGAGGGAGCGAAGGAGCAGGCCUCCAAGCUGUGCGGCUACUUGAACAAACUCUCCGGCAAGGGGCCUCUCAGGGGCUACAAACUGAGGUGGUUCGUGUACGACCCGAGGAAAUGUUACUUGUAUUAUUUCAAGACUCCCCAAGAUGCCCUGCCUCUCGGACACAUCGAUAUAGGCGAUGCCUGCUUCAUGUACGACGUGGAGGGGGAAGAGGGACAGUUCGAGAUCCGUACAGCUGGGAAGGAAUUUCUCUUGAAGGCCCCCAGCAGACAGGUGAUGCAUUACUGGCUCCAGGAGUUGCAGCAGAAGCGUUGGGAGUACAGCAACACCAAAGGCACGGGGAAGAGAGACAGCUGGAGUUCUCCCACGCAGGCCUACCCUCCCACCGGCCUCGUGGGCAAGGACAGCGAUGCUGUCUUCAUUGAGAAGCUAAGCGAAAGCAUGGAGAAAGUCCGCAGCGACUUUGCUAUGGACACAGAAAUGGAUGUAGGAGGAAUGGUGGGAAUCCAGACAGCCAGAGGGCCCUUCUCCCUCAAAAACUUUGGUACAGAGCUCAGGAAUUCCAUGUCUAAUCUGCGGCCAGGCCGAGUGGAGAACAGACGCAGCGUGUUUUACACCAGCAACCACAACAGCAGCUCAGAAGAGUGGGAGAUGUUGGACGCUCCCCCUAAGGACUUCCCCGAACAGAAAACUCAUCUGGACACACAGAGACAUUCUUUUGGCUCGGCGUUCACCUUCGAUUUCGGGCGAAAUCGUCAUCGACCUCAGAGGCUCUUGCUCCGAGACGUGCGGGGACCAGGGAAGUUUGGACGAGGCGUGGAGAGACGCGGUUCUGGGAGUCCGACAGGGGAAUGCAACGGCAGCAAAUCUUUGGAGAUGCAGCUCCGCCUCCAGAACCAGCAGGAUGAGAUGAACCAAAUGCAGCAGGAGCAAAUCAAACUCAGGGAGGAGCUGGCCAGCCAGAAGGAGCUGGUGAGGCUCCUGCAGCAGACUCUCAGAACCUCCCAGUUUGAGAGGCCCAGUGUAUGGCGAGCAGCUCCGGAUCUGUCCGCAGCCCUGGAGCAGGCUCCCAGUCCGGCCGUGAACCAGGAGGACGUCACCCAGCUGGAGGCGGUCCUCCAGGAGCGAGACAUACAGAUCCAGUCACUAUGUGGACACAUGGAGCGUCUCUCUCUGGAGAAAGAGAGCCUGCAGCAGGAGCUGAAGGGUCUGAAAAUCAAGGUGGGGGAAAUUAAUGACCAGCUGGGGAUGCUGAUGGAGACCAUCCAGGCCAAAGAUCAGGUCAUCGUGAAGCUGUCGCAGGAAAACUCUGAGCAGAGCGGGAAUGUGAGCGACGCUGGUUCUCCGCCACCUCAGCAGGAACUGAGCAUCCUGAAGGACAGUCUUCAAGGCUACAAAUCCCAAAACAAGUUUCUGAAUAAAGAGAUCCUGGAGUUGACUGUUAUGCGCAGGAAUGCAGAGAUUCGGGAAAAGGCUUUAGAAGCAAAGUGCACAGCUCUGGAGGCCAAACUCUGUCAAGUGGAGAGUAAAUAUUUGGUGCUGCUUCAGGAGGUGAGAAAGCCGGUCUGUUCGUCAGAGCAGGACCCGGCCCGGGAAGUCAUUUCCAGAUUACUGGAGGACGCCCUGCAGGUGGAGAGCCCGGACCAGAAUGAACACCAAAUCUUCAAACCAAAUUCAGUCAGUGAAUAUGAUGUGUAUGGCUUCAAGACGGUCCCAGAGGAAGAGGAGGAAGAGGAGAAGCUGGUUGCAAAGGUGAGGGCCUUAGAGCUGAAGUCCCUGUCCAUGACCGACCAGGAGGUUUCAGUCGGGGUGAAGUGGGAGAACUUUCUGGCCAGCACCAUGAACAGAGACCUGGUGCGUUCCCCCGAGCUCAAGGCUCUGAUCCGCUGCGGUGUGCCGCACAAGCACCGCUCCAUCGUGUGGCGCUGGUGCAUCACCUCCCACGUCAAGAAGUUCCGCGACCACUUGGCCCCGGAUUAUUACGAGACACUGCUGAACGUGGCGCGGGAUCGGCCCAACCCGGCGUCCAAGCAGAUCGAGCUGGACUUGCUCCGGACGUUGCCCAACAACAAGCACUACGCCUCGCCGAGCGCAGGCGGGAUCCACAAGCUGCGGAAUGUUCUAGUGGCCUUCUCCUGGAGGAAUCCAGACAUCGGCUACUGUCAGGGUCUCAACAGGCUAGCAGCAAUCGCCUUGCUUUAUCUAGACCAAGAAGAUGCCUUUUGGACUCUUGUAGCCAUCAUAGAGGUCUUCAUGCCAAGAGAUUAUUACACAAAGACUCUGCUGGGCUCUCAGGUUGACCAGCGUGUGUUCAAGGACCUGAUGAGUGAGAAGUUGCCGCGCCUUCACGCCCACUUUGAGCAGCACAAGGUGGAUUUCUCCCUCAUCACCUUCAACUGGUUCCUGGUGGUGUUUGUGGACAGCGUGGUGAGCGACAUCCUGUUCAAGAUCUGGGAUGCCUUUCUGUUUGAGGGGCCAAAGAUUAUAUUUCGAUUUGCUCUCGCCCUCUUCAAAUACCAAGAAGAAGAGUUUUUGAAGCUGCAGGACACGACGGCCAUCUUUAAAUACCUUCGAUACUUUACGCGCACAAUCCUGGACUCAAGGAAGCUGAUGAACAUUGCUUUCGUGGACAUGAACCCGUUCCCCUUGAGGCAAAUCCAGAACCGCCGCUCCUUCCACCUGGAGAAGGUUCGCCUGGAGCUGACGGAGCUGGAGGCCAUCAGACAGACAUUCCUGAAGGAGAGGGAGACGAGUCUGGAUCGACGGAGCUUUGUCAGCGACGAUGAUGAGGAUAACUGAGCUUUUUAUUUCCAGGCUGUGUCGCUUUAAGAAUGAAGACAAAGGGAGCUUCUCCACAGAGCGGCAACGCUUUAUAGCUGCUGAAGGGUUUUAUUUUCCCAGUUCGGAGUUGGCCUCUGCAUCAAAAAUUGUUGAAUAAUGAACUGAAAUCAAAGGAUAAAACACAUUGUAUCAGGAUUCCUGCUUUUUUUUUUCAUUGUGUAAAGUAUUUUUGCUAUCUAUGUUCAUGUUGUUUGUUGCCAGCAGUUUACUUUUCUAUAUUGCCGAACCAUGCAGCCCGAAACAGUAUUUUCAAGCAUUUUUAUACCUUUUGAAGAAUUCCUUUUUUCUUUUUUUGUGCUCACAUUUACACAAAAGAAAAAUCUAUUUUUAUUCUCUGCUUUAUUUCCUUUCUUUGAGGAAAGGAACAUUGUCAUAGAGCUUUUUUAUUUCUUGUAAAGGAUUCUUUGUCAUUUUAUUUUAUGAUGCACUUGAAUUAUUCAUGCUGUAACUGAAAUAUUUUGCUGAAACAUUCCUUAGUUUUUAAAGUUUCAUUCAAGCAAUUUCCUCAAAUCUAAAAAGUCAAAAUGAAUGGAUGAGCUAAAAACAAAAUAUUUUUCUGUUUUCAGUUGCAUAAAUGGCAGGUAGAAUUAAUGUUUAUGACUGAGAGCCAGUAUUGUCCCAUUAAUCAGUCCAUUAAUAUUUGUGUUCAAUAUUUGUAUCAUCUAGUUAUUUUAAAAAGCCGUAAGUAUUUUACAGUUGCUUCAUACAGCUGAUUAUUUUUCCACUUGCAUCCCUCUUUCACAUGAAAGGUAAUUCAGAGAAAAUUGGAUAUUGUUUUCAACUCUGACAGCUUUGUCUGUAUUUUUUGUGUGAAAUAUCCUUACUUUACAGAAACUUUUAGGUUUUUUUUCUGCAUUUCUUUUCUCUGAACCUAACCUCAGAAAAAAUAUUCUGUUGUAUUUGCUAUUUUUGUCCACUGAGUGGCAGUGUAACGUUUCUCAAGUCUUCACUCAAUUUUAUAGAUACUCUGGUAAAAUUUUUUAUAUAAUUUUAUAAUAAUAGUUAAAAAGUCUGCCUUUGUACUGAUUUUAUAAAAAUUGAAUUGUGAUUCAUAAUUAAUGAGGGAAGCAUUUUUCCUUAAAACUUUGACAAUAAAAGGAAAAUCUUCCAUGUUGAUCCACAUUCAGGUAUCUUCAGAAUGUGAAGGACCAUAUUGCUGAUCGCUGUGGACAACUUGAUAUCUCAACCAUUUGUUUAGGAAUUAGAACUUGUGUGUGUGUUUGGCUAAUGAACUGUGAAAACCUUGAUGGAUGGUAUUCGAUGUGAGGAAGAUGGGAAAGUUUCUUUUCACUCACUUGAACCCGUUUACACAGAUCAGCAACCGUUGCUGCAGUAUCUGGACCUGACCUGGUUUACAGUUUUAAAUCAAAUGUAAAACAUUGGAAAAUGUUUGAAUUUUUCUUUUUGCUGUCAUCAAACAUGUUUAUGAGAGCAGGUUUCUCAUGAGAUCAACAUUUCCCAAUUAUUUAGAUAAAUUUUUUUAUUCAUUCUUACAACUAGUAAUGAAAUAAGUUGCUCUGUCGAAAACCCUUUCAGUCUGUUGCAAGUUUAAAUAAGCUACAUUGAAAACUUAUCUCUGCUUCUGUGUUUCCUCUUUUUUUUUCUCAUGUUUUUUGGCAGUGUAUUGCACAAACGCAUUAAGAAAACUCAGAAUACUACAGGGCACUUCAACUUGUUUUGAUGCAAGUCUGUCUUAAUCUGUCAGAUUUUAGAUGGGAAUUGUUAAAGUCUAUGUAUCUCUUAGCUUUUGUAAAACCGAUUCAAUAAAAACUUCUGACAUGA